AUGACUACUACUACGCAAGUGCAAGUGUUGGACUCAAAUCAGCCACUUGUCACGGCUUCCUCUUCUGCACCAUCUUCAAGUAGUGCGCAAGUGUUAGACUCAAUAGAGCCGCUUGUGCCUACUACUACGCAAGUGCAAGUCCUUGACGAACUGGUUGCUGGUCCUAGUGUGAUGACUGGUCCCAGUGGAGCAGCUGGUUCUUGUGGUAGCCUAUCAGCUAUUGCUAGUUCUGCGGAGGACGAGGGCGAGGAAUUUGCUGCUGCGAUGCCCAGACCUACUGGGUCAUCUGGCAGAAGGCUUAAUCUUUACUCAGAUGAGUUAAGUUUUGAUUUAUGUUAUGAUUACUGUACAAUAUCAUUGUUAUGUCAGAUCCAUGUGGAACUGGAGAAAGAUCUUCUCCAAAUUGAGUACACACGAACAGUGUGUUCAGUUUGCGGAGGAGAGAGGACUCAUCCCAUUAGACAAAAUCUGCGCAUACCACCAGAAGCCAAUGAUUUUGACAAAAGAAUCAGGGCAAGUUGGAAAAUUUUGAUGCCAGAAAAGCAACUGCCGCACCAAAACAGUCUCUUGUGCUAUUGGGACCUGGUUUGA